UCGCCUCUUGUCUUCGCCCCCUCAUCCUCGCUCACUCUCGCGCUCUUCAUAUUUUUCUGUUCUGUCGCUGGGAUUCUUGUCAGAAGAGGCUCUGGCUCGCAAUUGAGUGUCUUCUUUGUCCUAUCUUCCUCCUUUCCCCCCCAUCAUAUAUCCAAUCAUCAUGUCGCAUACUCUGUCGCAAAAAUAUUUGAGCACGCGGGGUGCCUCCUACGGACUCUCCUUCGAGGAGGUCGUCCUGAAGGGUCUGGCCUCUGAUGGCGGUCUCUUCAUCCCCGAGGAGAUUCCCUCCCUCCCCUCUAACUGGGAGUCCGAAUGGCGCAAUCUGAGCUUCGAGGAAGUCGCCUUCCGUAUCAUGUCUCUCUACAUCUCAGAGUCCGAAAUCCCCCGCAACGACCUCGAAGACAUCAUCCGCCGCUCCUACGCCACCUUCCGUCACCCCGAACGUACUCCCACCAUCGAACUCGACAGCAAGCAGAACCUCCACCUGCUCGAGCUCUUCCACGGCCCCACCUUCGCUUUUAAGGAUGUCGCGCUUCAGUUCCUCGGUAACCUGUUCGAGUACUUCCUCGUGCGCAAAAACCAGGGCAAGGAGGGCAAGGACCGUCACCACCUGACUGUCGUGGGAGCCACCAGCGGUGACACCGGCUCCGCCGCCAUCUACGGUCUGCGCGGCAAGAAGGACGUCUCCAUCUUCAUCAUGUUCCCCAAGGGCAAGGUCUCCCCGAUCCAGCAGGCCCAAAUGACCACCGUGCUGGACGCCAACGUGCACAACCUCACUGUCGAGGGCUCCUUCGACGACUGCCAGGACUUCGUCAAGGCUCUGUUCGCCGACCCCGAGCUCAACUCUACCCACAACCUCGCGGCCGUGAACUCUAUCAACUUCGCCCGCAUCCUCGCCCAGAUCUCCUACUACUUCUACUCCUACCUGUCCCUCACCAAGUCCCCUUCCUUCAACAAGGACUCCAAGCUGCGCUUCGUGGUCCCCUCCGGUAACUUCGGCGACAUCCUUGCCGGCUGGUUCGCCAAGCGCAUGGGUCUCCCCGCGGAGCGCCUGGUCAUCGCGACCAACGAGAACGACAUCCUGGACCGCUUCUUCCGCAGCAGCGGCGCCUACACCAAGAACGACGCCAACGGCACCGGUGUCAAGGAGACCCACAGCCCGGCCAUGGACAUCCUGGUCAGCAGCAACUUCGAGCGCCUCCUCUGGUUCCUCGCCUACCAGAGCAGCGACGCCGCCUCGGCCGACGCGCGCCGCAAGCAGGCUUGCGACAGCGUCCGCGGCUGGCUCCAGCAGCUCAAGACCGAGGGCGGCUUCCAGGUCUCGCCCGCCGUCUUCGCGGGCGCCCAGGCCGAGUUCGAGUCCGAGCGUGUCAGCAACGACGAGACCAUCGCCCAGAUCCGCGACACCUACCGCACCUCCUUCCCGGCCAACCUGGGCCCCGGCAGUGCUAAGAGCUCCAAGACCGGCGGCUACAUCCUCGACCCCCACUCCGCCAUCGGUGUCGCCGCCGCCCGCCGCUCCAUCCAGCGCAACCCCGGCGCAGUCCACAUCUCCCUGUCCACCGCUCACCCGGCCAAGUUCGCCAGCGCUGUCGACCUCGCCCUGCGCGCCGAGGACGGCUAUGACUUCACCGAGGUCUUGCCCCAGGAGUUCAUCGGCCUGGAGCAGCGCGAGAGCCGCGUCACCCCCGUCGGCCCCGGGGCCGGAUGGGAGCAGGUCCGCGAGAUCGUUAAGGCCGAGGUCGAGCAGGAGCUGGAGGGUAAGCGGUAGAUGUUGCUUGCUUCUGUCGUAGACAACCAAAAAGAAAGAAUUCCGCGUUUGCAUCCUAAGACCAUUUACUCCCAUUAUCAUAUUUCCCCCUUCCGCAUCAUCGAUCCUAUAUACAUACAUGACGAUUUCUGUUCUCAAGUAGGCUUUUUCUUGCCUCUACUGUGAUAUCAUAAAAGCUACAUCAAAACAUACGACAAGAAUUCUGCCUCAAUUUUAGGCAUCCUGCUCUUCGACUAUUCCUUCCCUUGGGUACUUUUCGCAUCAUAUAAUGGGCGGGUGGGUAGGAGACUAUCCAUACAUAUAUCAUUAGAUUAUACACAG